AUGCAUUGGCCAUGCCUUCAGGUAUCAAACGAGGCAAGUAGACUCUAUCCCCCUUAUUACAAGCCUUAUGUAGCAUUAAGUUCUGUUGGGGAGGGCACAAAAAAAUGCUUUUUGUUAACAGCCUUACACGCUAUCAUUGCAGCGGAAGUGAAACUUGUGAAGGCACGAGAUAGUGACUCUCGAAUUGUGGUAUCAUGUAAACACAGCGAUCAAGCUUCCCCAGAUGAUUUGGUCGCUCUCGCACAACAACUAAGCACUGCUAAUGAACUCGUGAAAACAAGAGCAUGUGAUCGUUUGAGGAGUAUAGCAGAACAAAUGGAGCAACUACAGAAGGCUGCAGUGAAAGUGCUUGAAGAGGCAAAACGAGAUGAGGAACUGCACAAUACACCUUGUAAUGUACAGAAGUAUCCUGGAAGGAUUUAUCAUUUAUACUGCAGAAGUGAUGGUUCUAGUUUCAUGUCUAAAAUUUUGUGCUAUACAGUGAUACACCUCUCUACAGUAACUUAUCGCAUAAAUGCUUAA